CGACAUGGUAAGAUGCUUGCCAGGUUUCAACAUUGAUUGGCACACGGACCGAAGCAUCCCGGAGCGGGGGAACCAACAACGUCGAUAUUUGAAUUCAUCCUGCUAGAAACAAGCCCUGAAUAUCAUCAAACACCAACCAAAUGUCUAGAGAAAGUUUAGAGAAGCCAAUUGCCGGCUCAGAGAACGGCGAAUCAUGGACGGUCGAGAAAGCCUUGAGUCACAAUGACCUAGUUAAUAUAUCAGAUUCCCCUAUCUCCUUUUUCCAUCUUCUUGGCGCCCUCAAGACAACAAAGCGCGAAGGCUGGAAGAGACACGGAAUCAAGUAGGUUGCACGCUAUUUCUGAGUAUCGUUUACCGAUGGGCUCACAAGUUAACAGUCCCGAGUCGGUUGCAGAUCAUUCUUAUCGAAUGGGCAUGGUAGCAAUGUUUGCACCCCAGGAACUUGACCAAGCCAAGUGCAUGAAGAUGUGCCUUGUUCACGACAUUGCGGAAUCUGUCGUGGGCGAUAUUACCCCUUUCAGUGGCGUCUCCAGGACUGAAAAGGGUAGAAGAGAGGCCUCAACCAUCGCGUACAUUUCUAAUCGAUGGUCUGGACCAUACACUGCCGAGAUUGAAAAGCUUUGGCAUGAAUUCGAAGCUGGUGAAACUCCGGAGGCUCAGUUUGCCCAGGACAUUGACAAAAUCGAGCUCCUUUUACAAGCAGUGGAGUACGAAAGGGAGAGUAAGAAAGAAAAAGAUCUGGGCGAGUUCAUGGGAGUUGCCCGGAAGUUACGAACUGAAGCUGGAAAGGCAUGGGCAAAUGAAAUACUGGGGGAUAGGGAGAGGUUUUGGCAGGGUCGACAACACUUGAGGGGAGAACAUGCCCAGCAGGGAGGGCUAUCUGAAGAGAUGACAAAGGCCCAUGAUGCAUACUAUGGAUAGCUCGGAAAUCAGUUCCAUGAUUUUUACAUUUAUCAGUUGUUGAAUUUUCUUUCGUUGAUAAAUUUUAGUGGCUGGGAUACGGAUGCUGAUGAAAGCAUCCUGACUUGUUCACGUACUCCACAAGAAAUAGGAGCAAAUUGUAUCCGGCACAACCUUUGAAUCCCAGUCAUUUGAGACUCCAUUGUUACGGAAGUGUUUUCCAACGAUGUUAGCUUAGGGCGAAACACGCAUACCGUAUAAUUUAAACAACACACGUCGAAUGGUUCAGCUGGAGCUGCAAACAGCUUCUUUCCGGUGUGAAUAUAGCACCGAACAGG